AUGCCGGGCUUACAUUGCGCGAAUUUAGAUAUCUUUGUCGAUGGUACACAUAUCGAACUUUCCCUAUGGGAUACGGCGGGCCAAGAAGAAUUCGAUCGAUUACGCUCGCUAUCCUACGAUGAUACGCACGCCAUAAUGCUUUGUUUCUCGGUCGACUCGAAAGAUUCUCUCGAAAACGUCGAGUCCAAAUGGGUAGGCGAAAUCGCCGAGAAUUGUCAGGGCGUCAAACUUGUGUUGGUGGCACUGAAAUGCGAUUUGAGAGAACAGGGCGCAGAGGAUGAAGCGGCGGAGGGCACAGAGGGUGCAGAGCCAAGGGAAAAGAAACCCAUGAUUGAUUAUAAUCAAGGUCUGGAGGUGGCGAGGAGAAUCAACGCGCUGAGGUAUUUGGAAUGCUCGGCGAUGAGGAAUAGGGGGGUUAAUGAGGCGUUUACGGAGGCGGCGAGAGUCGCGUUGAGUGUUGAUCCGAACGGUGGGGAAGGGGAGGGGAAGUGUGAUGUUAUGUAG